AUGUCUUCAUUUAAAAGAAUAGUACCAGGAUUUAGCGUGCAAGCUUACCAAAACAAUUCUGUAACAUCUGGUCCACCAAAGAUGAAAAAAAAAAAAAAAUUAUUAGGCACUAUCAAAAAUCCUUUUUCUAUGCUCUAUGGUGUUCCUGGAUUUCCAUUUUCUACAGGUAACGCUGGGUGUGUACGUUGGUUCAUACCUCUAUCUUCAAUUGAUUAUAAUGUUUACUUACCCUUGUUAUUUCAUGGAAUUCGUGAAUCAACAUACCCUUAUGACAAUUGUGCUGCUCUGGCUCUUCGUGAUAUACUCGACGAACCAAACUGUGGUAGUCACGUACUUGAAGCUUUACCAAAAAUUAUAUUACCCAUACGAAAAGCACUAGAUACUGAACGAUGGAUAGUAAUUAUUCGAACUUUCAUGGCGUUACAAAAAAUUGUAACUUGUGAUUCGAGAAUUGGUGAAGCUUUAAUACCAUUUUUUCGCUAUAUAUUGCCACCAUUCAAUCGAUAUCUUUUCAUUAAUGUUGAAGUGCUAGACGACCUUAACAGGAAAAAUGUCAUAGUAAAUGUUAUGGAUAUAUGUAGAAAAACAUUAAAUUUAUUGGAAAUCAAAGGUGGUCUAUUUGCUUAUACCAACAUUAAAAAUAUCAUUCCAACAUAUGAAAAGACAAUUACGCUAUCAAAGUCAUGCCAAGCUCAAUAA